GAGCAGAGAAAGAGGCACAAUACUACAUUUGGGGGUUUAGGGUUUUUAUUAUCAAUCUCGUGUUGUGUCUGUUUUAAGUUGUAUCAAAAGAUGGGUGAAGAUGGCAGCCGUUUGAAGGGUUCAGUCAAGUGGUUCAAUGACACCAAGGGCUUUGGAUUCAUCACCCCUGACGAAGGCGGUGAGGAUCUGUUUGUUCAUCAAUCUUCCAUCAAGUCUGAUGGGUUUCGCAGCCUCGCUGAAGGGGAGUCGGUUGAGUUUGUCAUCGAGAAUGGCAGUGAUGGCAGGACCAAGGCCGUUGAUGUCACUGGCCCAGAUGGUGCUUCUGUCCAGGGAAGUGGUAGGGGCGGCGGCGGAGGCGGUGGUAGAGGCGGCGGAGGCUAUGGCGGUGGUGGAGGAGGCUAUGGUGGUGGCGGCGGAGGCUAUGGUGGCGGUGGAGGUUAUGGAGGCGGCGGCGGUGGAGGCUGCUACAAGUGUGGGGAGAAUGGGCAUAUGGCGAGGGAUUGCGACAAUGGCGGAGGCGGUGGAGGCUAUGGAGGUGGUGGCGGCGGCUAUGGCGGCGGCGGUGGCUAUGGAGGUGGUCGUGGUGGAGGACGUGGUGGGGGCCGUGGCGGCGGCGGCGGAGGUGGCUGCUAUCAGUGUGGUGAGGACGGCCAUUUCGCCAGGGACUGUCCUAAUUCCAACCGUUAGGUUUCGGGAUUGUGCUGCAGCUGCGAUGGGGUAAUAUGUGCUUCCGUGUUGAUGCAUUUUGCUCUGUCGCUUUCUUUACUGUUAAUUAAUCUUAAACCUCCUAUCCUGGUGCGCGACUCUUGGUCUUUUGAUUAAUUAAGGAUUAUUAUUAUUGUGUAGGCUUAAACUUUUUUAAGGAUUUCAGAUGAUGGUUUUUGGUGGUUUGGUUUAUCAAUCAACUGUGUGAUGCUUGUUCUGUUUCGGAUUUA